CUUCCUCCACCUCCUCAUUCUUCUCCUCCUAGUGGAGGCAAUGUUGGAAUAACGCCUGGAGAAAACCUCACGCCUUCUCUCUCACUGUAUAAAGGUGUCUUUUGGGCGAAUGCAGGUGAAGUUACAGUUAUUUUCAAAUGUCGUCCUGGCCGAAAUCAUCCGCAGGUUCGCGGCGGGCUCCACCGAACCCGAACGGGAGUGCCCAGAAACGUCGGUUCCGGAGAGGAGCCCCUUACCCGGGCAGGGGAGACGAGAGGGGCGACGAGCUGAAGGAUGUCCUGGACAGCUAUGAAGAACGAGAGCAAAUUCAAAACUUCACUGGAAGUGUAAAGUUUGAGGGAUUCAAGCAUCAGUCAAAUGCCAAACCAGAGAACUCCACUCCAGCGGACCGACGUAAAACCCUGUACCAGAAGUUCUACAGACAAGUGCAGGAGGAGAGGAAGCCUCCGGACUGUGUGGUGAUGUCUGUCACCAACCAGUGUCUGGAUUACCCCAAAUCGCUAAGCCAGUGCUUGCAGGAGCGUGGCCUGUCAGUGGAAAUGCUCUACCUUCAGGCGGAGACGGGCCUGACCCGGGCCCUGCAGGACGUCCGAGCAGAAGGCUCCCCGUUAUGUAUUCUGGUGGAGCAGACAAACAUAGCUCUGUCCUCCUGCACUGUUAUCAUAUUCUCAGACUCCCUCAAAAUCCAUCGCAACAUGCCCAAAGACCAGGCCAUGGACUUUGUCUCAGCCGAGCACAGCCGGGGACUCGUCAAAGAGCGCCCCCCGAGGGACCCUGCCGACAUUGCAGCACAGGCGUCGCAGCUCCUGGAUGAUUUUCUAGAUCGGGAAAAGAUGGAGCGCCACAGCGUUCCCACCGAUACACGCACGCUCCUCACGCUGUUGGCUGAGGGGGUGCAUCUCUACCCCGAGGAGCUGGAAACCAUCUCAGAGUACGUCAGGGCCCGACAGGAGCACAUCCAAGCCUCCAACAACGAGGGGGAGAAAGGGAGCAUGUUACCUCCAGGACUGGGGAAACCACCUCCUCUGCUCCCCACGCCACCGGGACCCCCUCAGCCUCAGCCUGGAGACGGGCCCAUGAUGGACCACUCCCCACCUCCACGCCCACCUCUCCUGCCUUCGCCAGGUUCAUAUCCCAAAACCAAACCUCCGCCACUUCUGUCCUUGCAUGGGCUUCCUGGUCCAUCACUAGGGGGCCAAUCUCAACGAGGACCUCAACUCCAGCACAACCUCUUCAACGGCCCCGGCGGGAAUCGAGGGCCCCUGUUGCACCAUCCUCCUUUAUUUCACCAAGGUCCCAGGGGCCCUCACAAUAUUCGAGGCCCCCCUCCCUCCCUAAAGAGUUCCCGUCCUCCACUUCUCUCUUCUCCAGGUCCCCCUCUCCCUCGGCUGAAUGGCCCCCGACACUAAGGACAGAGACCCACAGGCGCACAUGCAGUGUUACACAUGCAGACUACCAGCAGUCUUUCAUUUGACCUAACUCUAGAACAGAACACUCCUGGCCUCUGCGUAGGAUUCCUCUUGUGACUUUGAGAAAAAGUAGAAAAGUUGGUAUUUAAUGUCUGACUUUAUCGUCUUGUUAUUGUGGACGGAUUGACAGUGGACACCAGGGAGUAUUCUGAAGAUGAAGAUCAUGAUGAAAAUGUUCUAAUGUCACUGUCAUUCUUGUUUUUCUCUAACCCAAACUGUUAAAUCCACCCUGAAAUAACCAUGUUCCAGUUGGGAACCUAAUCCUUUGUGGUGUUGGUGUCGGUCUCAGUCACGACCUGCGCAGGGGGAACGUUUACUGUCAAAUGCAAAAAAAGAAAAAAUCCUGGAAAACUGGUUCAUAUUUAUAAAAACCAAACAGGCUAAAGAUGUUGGUGGUCACAUGAUGGCAGUAGGACAUUGACUUGUUCUGUAAAUUAUGAAUAUAAAUAUGUUGUUCACUGUUCAACAGUGUUUCAAGAUGGUGCUUGAAAUUUCAAGGAUUCUCCUGAGGAGAGAAAUCCGAUAAUGAGUUUGUAUGUAAGCUGCGUUCUUGCCUCGGAUUUUUUGUUAGACUUUAUUUUUUUGACGUCAAGAUAGAAAAAAAGUUGAAUGGCUCCCAGCUGCAUAUACUUCUUAUGGCAUCUUUCACGACAAAUCAACAUAUAUUUUAAUUUAUUACCUUCGGUUGUACUUUCAGCGGCAGCUGGACAGGUUUCCCAGGAUAAAAUAAAGGAAGACGAACUUUG